AUGAAGCCUGUGCUGCCUCUCCAGUUCCUGCUGUUGUUCUGUCUAGCACCCCAGCUGGUGCCUGCGAGUCCCAAGCAACGCUUUCUGAAGUAUAUCUUGGAACCUCCACCGUGCAGAUCGGAACCCGAAAACUGUACCCAAUUCUGUACAUUGCAAGAAGAUUGCCAGAAAGGACUUCAGUGCUGUUCUGCUUUCUGUGGGAUAAUCUGUUCAUUCAACGAAAGUCCAAAGCCUAGAAG